GUAUGCAUAGUCUCUUUAAAUGUUGUAAAUAAAUUGCUAGGGUUCUUGAGUCGAAUGUCCUCGAUAGAUGAUGAAUUGCUCUAAAUUCUCCGAAGAUCUAAGAAACAUUGUUCUGCAAAUACCAAGUCCACGUCCAAAUUGUUCUCAUCUUCUUGUAUUCAUUCCAGUAAACAAACAAAUCUUAUACUUAAGAAACAAAGAUUGGGUGACAAAGCAUAACGCCUCUGACAUUAAUUCCAAAGCACAUCAAUAGAUUCCAUCACAUCCCUUUCCGAAUUUUGAAUAUCGAAACGCAACCAAAAUAGGCCUGCAACAAUGCACCAUAAAAACCAUUGAGAGAUCGAGGAAGAGGUGUCGUAACAACACAGCAAGGUAUCGAAAAAUGGCGAAGAAGAGUGUGCCUAUUAUUAUACUAAUCCUUAGGAUUCUUAUGUUCAUCCUCCUCCUAAUCUCUCUCGUCGUCCUCGCGACAAUCAAAUUUACUAUACCAGCUGAUCGUAGUGCCACAAACCAGGACACUGAUGUUCGGUUCAAGGAUAUUUACGCCUAUAGGUACCUGCUCUCGGUGGAAGUGAUCGGAUGCGCUUACAUGCUGCUGCAAAUUCCAUUUGCAGCUAUCAGUGUAGCCUCAGGAAACAAGAUCGGAGGGAGCAAACUCGUGUCGCAGUUUCUCAUUUUCACCGACAUCAUAGUUUCGCUGCUAUUCGCCUCGGGUGUUGGCGCGGGAUUCGGGUAUACAGUCGAUGAAAAACACGACGUAGAUGCCGUUGCGUUCAAAGACGUAGGAAAUGAUCCAGAAUAUUCAAAACUUCACAAAGACAUGGACAAAUACUUCGACAUGGCGCACAUUUCGACAGGUUUCCUUCUCAUGGCUACUGUUUGCAUGACGGUCGUGACGAUCGUUUCGGUAUAUUCGAAGAAAUAAAUCCUAAGAGAGUUUAUUUUUCCCAUGAUUGUUAACUCGCGAUAUGUUAUUGCUUAGCUACAAUGUUUGUAAUAAGCAAUUCUUUGCAGUCCUCUCAUCAGCUCAGCCUUCCUAAAGUGCUUGUUUUUUUUUUUUUGGAUUUAAGUGUAUUUAUA